AUGGAGACCGUGUGGCUGGUGACGAGCAGCUUUAUGUGUCUUAGGAUCUGUGCCAUAAAACCCAAGUGCCCCGCAGAGACGGAUGGCGCGGCAUCCCGGAGGCGGGGCGAGCGACGGGCGGGUUUACAGGGUGCUUCCUGGAAUACUCUAAUUCACAGGAGCCCCCCGGCGCGGCUGCCCAGACCGCGGGCCACGGACCCCCCCGCGCCGGCUGGGCCAGCUCGCGCGCGCUCCCCUGGGGCCGCGUGCCCACGCCGGGGCCCCGCGCGCGUGGAGGCCCAUCUCGCCCUGCAGGGCCUUCCUGGCAGAUGCCGCCACCGUGCCCCGAACCGUGCUGGGACGUUCCACCAGGGGGACGGUCGGGAGACGCCGGCCCGGGGAUGCUGCGUCUACCCUGCGUGGCCGGGACACAAGCGAGAGACUGAGCGGCAACGACCCGCAGUGACGCCGUCCUGGGGCCUGGAGUCCAUCCCGUCGGCCAGCACCGCCACCGUGCUCCCGGGGGACACCCGGGCCGGGGGGCCACGCGACCCCGGUGUGGUCAUCCACACAGCCCACCCGACGGCCACCCCUGGCCCCAGGCGUGAGGAAGGUGCACAGACAGACAGACAGACAGAGGAGGGCAUCCGCUGUCCUGGGUACACACGCGAGGAGGAAGGCGUGCGAGGUGAGAGUGCACACGUGCGGCUGUGCCGCUGUCAUCUCAAGGUCGUGCCAGAAUCUAGCCCAAGGCCGGUGGUGCACACCGGCAAUCGCAGCACUCGGGAGCCGGCCUGGGCGGCGAGGCCAGACCCUGCCCCAGACGACACAAGAGGAAGCUGGAACCUCUACGACGCCUCAGCAACAGGGCUGUUUAACACGGGCCUGGCAGCCGCCGAGCCUCCCUAUGCCCGCACCGCCACGCACACAUUGGGCUCCUGGGGCACGCAGGGUCGGAGGUCAGCGGGAUGGAGCCGUCGGAAGGUGGGGUCUCGCGGGUGGCAGCACCUGCUGUCAGCCCUGCGGCCCGCGGAGGGCUGCUGCCCGGAGCUGCAGAGCCCGGGUUUGCGGGGACCGGAACUUGCCGUCAAUGCCGCCAGCCACAAAUGCCCGGGACAGUGGAACCCGCCCAAUGCCCUCGGGGAGGCUCUGGGGACAGCGGAACCCGCCCAAUGCCCUCGGGGAGGCUCUGGGGACAGCGGAACCCGCCCGAUGCCCUCGGGGAGGCUCUGGGGACAGCGGAACCCGCCCGAUGCCCUCGGGGAGGCUCUGGGGACAGCGGAACCCGCCCGAUGCCCUCGGGGAGGCUCUGGGGGACAGUGGAGCCCGCCCGAUGCCCUCGGGGAGGCUCUGGGGGACAGCGGAACCCGCCCGAUGCCCUCGGGGAGGCUCUGGGGACAGCGGAACCCGCCCGAUGCCCUCGGGGAGGCUCUGGGGACAGCGGAACCCGCCCGAUGCCCUCGGGGAGGCUCUGGGGGACAGUGGAACCCGCCCGAUGCCCUCGGGGAGGCUCUUCGGGGAAGCGGAACCCGCCCGAUGCCCUCGGGGAGGCUCUGGGGGACAGCGGAGCCCGCCCGAUGCCCUCGGGGAGGCUCUGGGGACAGCGGAGCCCGCCCGAUGCCCUCGGGGAGGCUCUGGGGGACAGUGGAGCCCGCCCGAUGCCCUCGGGGAGGCUCUGGGGGACAGCGGAACCCGCCCGAUGCCCUCGGGGAGGCUCUGGGGACAGCGGAACCCGCCCGAUGCCCUCGGGGAGGCUCUGGGGACAGCGGAACCCGCCCGAUGCCCUCGGGGAGGCUCUGGGGGACAGUGGAACCCGCCCGAUGCCCUCGGGGAGGCUCUUCGGGGAAGCGGAACCCGCCCGAUGCCCUCGGGGAGGCUCUGGGGGACAGCGGAGCCCGCCCGAUGCCCUCGGGGAGGCUCUGGGGACAGCGGAGCCCGCCCGAUGCCCUCGGGGAGGCUCUGGGGGACAGUGGAACCCGCCCGAUGCCCUCGGGGAGGCUCUGGGGACAGCGGAACCGCCUGAUGCCCUCGGGGAGGCUCUGGGGACAGUGGAACCUGCCCGAUGCCCUCUGGGAGGCUCUGGGGGACAGUGGAACCCGCCCGAUGCCCUCGGGGAGGCUCUGGGGACAGCGGAACCCGCCCGAUGCCCUCGGGGAGGCUCUGGGGACAGCGGAACCCGCCCGAUGCCCUCGGGGAGGCUCUGGGGGACAGCGGAACCCGCCCGAUGCCCUCGGGGAGGCUCUGGGGGACAGCGGAGGACAAGGAUGGGGUGCUUCGACGCCAGCCCAGCCACGGCCCGUCCCUGCGGGGUCUCGCGCCCCCAUCCACAGCGACGCCCAAGUCGCCCAGCCCCCACGCCUGGCGCGUACGGUGGCCGGGGAACGGAAUGGAGUCCUGGAGGCCCACGGGCCACGGCACCCGCCCCGCAGCCCCGCUGGGUGUCACCCAAGCGCAUCCGCGAGUGCAGGCCGGCGGCUGGCCCUGUCAGACACAGAGGGGCAGAGCACCGGCCUAGCGCCGCCCCCUGCUGGCCACGAGCGGCGCUUCGCACCUGGCCCCGGCUUCCCCCCUCAGCAGGGCCGGCCUGGCUCACCGCACAGGCGCAGAGCUAGCGCCCGCGUCCCGCACGCCUUGCCCCCGUACCUCCGCGCCCCUGCCCGCCACCCCAGGCGUGUGACCGUCCAGCGGGCCCAGGACGAGCUCUGCCAACUCAGCCCGGAGGGGGGCAGUGGCCAGGCCUUCGCUGGGAGAGCUGCUUCUCGCCCGCCCGCCGCAGCCCCCGGCACCCAGGCGGGCCUGCCUGAUGCCCUCUGCUCACAGGGCUAUAAAACGGGGGAGCAACAGUACCACAGCCCCAGUGUCACCACACCGUGUGGGCCCACGGAACCAGCCCCGGCAGAACCCGUGACACAGCAAGCACCCGGCAAGCGCCAGCCGCCGCCAUUGUGCCACAGUGCCCGAUCAACGCAGGUCUCCAGCCUUGUGCUCAUUGGGAUCGGGAGGCCAGUCCCGGAAGCCAAGUCGCACCCGGGUCCCCCGGCAGAGGUGCAGGGCCGUUAG